AUUUGUCUACGCGUGUUAGUGACGUUUGCAACAUGGCGGAUGUGAAAUUUUCUGUUCGUGCUUACAGCAAAAUGGUGCUUCAUGCAGCGAAAUAUCCUCAUUGUGCAAUAAAUGGUGUUUUACUAGCGGAAGAGCAGAAGUCUAAAGAUGACAAAAAGGGAAGGUGUUUAUUUGUCUGCGAUGCAGUACCCUUAUUUCAUCUUUGUUUACAUGUAACUCCUAUGGCAGAGAUUGCUCUUACGCAGAUUGACCAUAUGGCAUCAACGUCAGGACUUGUACUGGCAGGGUACUACUUAGCAAAUGAAAAUAUGAAGGAUCUAAGUUACGAGAAAUGCGGCCAGCGAAUAGCAGAUAAAAUAGCCGAGAACUUCAGUUCAGCUUGCCUUGUUGUUAUAGACAACAGGAGGUUGACAUUGAGCAUGGAAAAUAUGGCUUUGUGUGUGUCACAGUUUGUGGAUGGAAAGUGGAAGUCUAAGGAAAAAUCCAGUGUAUCUCUAGAGAGCAAUUCAAAGAGUGUUGCAGCUGCCCUGCUGCAGAGACGGGUGCAUGAGCAGCUGAUAGACUUUGACAAUCAUUUAGAUGAUCUGAGUCAAGACUGGAGAAACUUGAAUUUGAACCAAGAAGUGGAGGAAGAAGUGGGAACAGUUGGGUAGCACCUAGAGUGGCGCAUGUUAUGUGUGGGACGUCCAACAAGAGCAACAUUUUGUGCACAGUAACAAUAAUCUAGCAGGUAUUGCGAAACAUAUUUAUAUAACAAUAUUUCAUUCAUUUUUCACAAUCACCAGAAUGAUAUGUGAGUAAUGCACAACUGCUGUAGAAGAACUCUGCAUCAUUUUUGCAUGUUUCAUAUGUGGGAACAUGCCUGUGGUUUCUACACAGCUGACCAUGUCUAGUGUUGUCUCCACUGAAGAAGGGUUCUACAGUUCAGUUGGUCAGAUUGAGACAAUUUCAGACUGGAUUGGAAACCAAGUUUUUAAAUUGUUUAUUAUUGUAAAUUAAAAAAUAAUGAUUAGCAUUUGGGAGCUUACAGUCCCUUAUGUACGAAUUGAACAAAUUUUGUUGUGUUUCACCCUUUGCUCUAUUGUAAUUUCUGAUUCUGCAGUGUUGUAAAGGAUGAUAGUUUUCUUCUAGAAUGGAAUGGAAUUGGUAAUGCUGCUGAAAGAACUGUUGCCUCUAUGAUGAAUUUAAAAGUAUUAUACAGCUAUUUGUUUAUAGUUUGUUAAGUGAAAUAAAUAUAUUUUCUUUA